AAACGGGCUUAAAAACGACUGUCAUAUUAUAAUGGCAACUCGCGAAUCCGUCGAACUCAACGAGGCACACAAGCCAUUGCCAAAAGCUAUUGAAGCCUUCAAAGCUGUCAAGUCCAAAAUCGUCUCCGAGCUCAUCAGGGAACGUCACCACUGGGACAAGCAUGAGCCCCACAUGUUCAAACGCGCGGAAGGAAUACCUGAUGCCGAGCUCGCCAAGUUCUCUAUUGAUGAGGAUCUGGUGUUAGUACGCGCUGGACAGACAGCGUAUGGGACAAUCAUCUUUGGCAAGAUUAGAUUACCUGCGAUCAAGGAAGGAGGUGAAGGAUACAUCCAUGUCAGAGUCCAUGAUCCCCCCAACAGUGGUGAAACUGAUGUAAUUCUUCACUCCAUCCUCACAGAAGAAGGCGACAGGGACGCUGACGGACAUCCGACAUCCUGGAAUGCGAUUCAUACGCUCGAGAAAUCAUUGGACUUUUUCAACGAGUGAUCUUCGGAUUUUAGUCUGCUGAGAAUGCAAGAUUCGAGCCUAUUGGAUUUAUAACUGUACGACAGGAAUGCUGCUACUUGAAUACAUGUAUGGGGACUUUCAACGAUCUCGAAUAUAUAUGGAUGGAGGAUAAAUAGUAACG